AUGCUGCAGUCCAUGUUCAGCAAGUCCCCCGUGGUACCGGGCCUCGUCACAGCGGCGCUGCUCGUCACGCUGUACUGGACCAAGUCGGCCAAGGGCUCCGCUAAGCUCAAGGGUGACAAGGUCAAGAACGCCGUCAUCCUGCCGGGCACCCUGCCCGUGGUCGGCAAUGCCGUCGAACUGGCGGCCAAUGCCGCGCGGAUGCACGACUGGCUGGCCGACCAAUUCGCGGCCACCAACGGCGAGGCGUUCAUCGUGCGCCUGCCCGGCAAAGACGACAUGAUGUUCAUCGCCAAGCCUGAGCACCUGGAGGCCGUGCUCAAGACGCAGUUCGACGUCUUCCCCAAGAGCGAGUACAUCCACGACGUGUUCUACGAUAUGCUGGGCGACGGCAUCGUCGUGACCAAUGGCGAGACCUGGAAGCGCCAGCGUAAUGUGGUGGUGGGGCUCUUCAGCGCGCGUGCUCUGCGUGAACACAUGACGCCGCUCGUGCAAAAGUACACGGUGCAGCUCGGGGACAUCCUGGCCGAUGCUGCCGCGACGAACACGCCUGUGGACGUGUUCGACCUGCUGCACCGCUACACGUUCGACGUGUUCGGCGAGAUCGGCUUCGGCGCCAAGAUGGGGUCGAUGGACGGCGCUUUCCAGCCCUUCGCAGAGGCGAUGGACGAGGCGCAGUUCCUGGCCGGGAAGCGCUUCAAGCAGCCCAUGUGGUACUGGAAGCUGCGCCGCUGGCUCAACGUGGGCGACGAGAAGAAGCUCAAGGAGAAUGUGCGCGUGAUCGACGAGCACCUGAUGGGCAUCAUCGCCGACGCCAUCGAGCGCCGUCGCCACCGCGUGGAGGAGAUGAAGGCCGGCCGCCCCGCUGCGCUGGCCGACAAGGACAUCGUGUCCAUUGUUCUUGACUCGAUGGAGGCCAGCGGCCAGCCCGUGAACCCCGUGGAGGUGCGCAACAUCGCCGUCGCGUCGAUCAUCGCCGGCCGCGACACCACCGCCGACUGCAUGGGCUGGCUGUUCCAUCUGCUGAGUGAGAACCCGCGCGUCGAGGCCAAGCUGCGUGACGAGGUGCUGGCCAAAAUCCCGCAGCUCGCGACCGACAAGAGCUACGUCCCGUCUGUGGAGGACAUCAACAAGGUGCCGUACCUUGAGGCCUGCAUCCGCGAGCUCCUGCGUCUGUACCCUCCGGGCCCGCUGAUCACCACGCACUGCAUCAAGGACACGGUCUUCCCGGAUGGCACCUUCGUGCCGGCGAACACGGACAUCGGCAUCGCGCUCUUCUCCGCCGGACGCUUGACGAGUGUCUGGGGCGAGGACGCCCUCGAGUACAAGCCCGAGCGCUUCAUCGACAGCGAGUCGGGCGAGAUCAUCCCCAUGACCGCGACCAAGUUCUGUGCCUUCAGCGCCGGCCCGCGUAUCUGCGUGGGGCAGAACCUGGCGUUCGUCGAGACCAAGAUCGUGAUCGCCAGCAUCGUCGGACGCUUCCACAUGAUCCCCGAGCCUGGCCAGAACGUGGCCUACACGCAGGGCAUCUCGCUCGGCAUGAUGGACCCGCUCAUGAUGCGUCUCGAGGCGGUGAACGCGUCCGCUUAA